AUGGGCAAGCGCUCAGCAACAAGUGUCACAGCCGAAGAGGCAAAAUCCAAAUCCAAGUCAUCGAGCUCAGCAAUCACGCUGACGAACGGCUUCCUCGCGGUCCCCGUCGCCUUCCCCAAUGACAUCAAGCACUGGAUCUACGUUCGCAAACAUACUGCUCCCUCCGCCUCAGCCGCAUCAACUUCACAAGCAGUCGAAGCGUUGCCUGCUGAGCGCACGCUGUUCGUCGCCAACUUGCCGACGGAUACGACGGAAGAGCAUGUGAGGGAGCUUUUCGGGAAAGUCGGGGGUGUAUCGGUGGUCAAGUUUCGACGACAGAUUGGGGUGGAUGAGCAGGACGAAGACGAGCGCGAGGAGAGGGGUGUCGGUGAAGGUGGUGAUUCUGAUGAGGAUGCGGAGGAGCAGGGAGAGCGGGAGGAGGAGCACCAUCAGGUAUCCGCAGAAACAAGCGGCAAGAAGAAGAAGAAGAGCAAGCAGCAACCGGCACGCAAAAGCAAAGUUCCGCAACUCGUCCCCCUACCAACCAUGGAUCCACGGGUCGCAGCCGGCUCACAGGCGUUCCUCUCCACCUCCUCCUCGGCACACAUCGUGUUCCUCGACACGCUUUCGUCCACACGCGCCUUUGAGCUGUUCCACAAAGGCGGCAUCCGCUGGCCCACCCUCUCCGCCUCGCGCACCACUCCCCCACCCACAGGCCUCGACUACCUCCUUUCGGCGUACACGCUCGCCCGCCCCGCGCUCCCCGCGAUCCAGACGUACGCCAGCUCCGCCAUUGCGCUCUACACCUACCGCCGUGCACACCCGCUCCCGCGUGCGAUCGGUGUGCGCGGUGUCACCGUCGGCCCCUCUGGCGAACUGCUCGACGAAGACGGCUUCAUCAUCGUCCAGCGCUCUACGGGCAAGUACGGGCGUGCCGGUGCCAGCGCCGACGCCGGCGGCAGCGUAGGUGUCGCCAAGCACGGCUUCGUCGAGAACACCAAGAAAAAGUCGACCGGUUUGGAAGACUUUUACAGGUUCCAGCUGCGAGAGAAGAAGCGCGAACAGCUCGCCGAUCUGCGCGCCAAGUUCGAGGCCGACAAGGCGAAGGUGGACAGGCUCAAGGCCGGAAGACGGUUCAAACCGUAUUAG